UCCGAUUUAAGAUGGCGGCGCCCAUUGAGAAAUACAUUGUGCUUUGGUUUUAGUGUAAUUUCACUCAUUAUUGUUAUUUUUCACGAUUUUAUCUAAUAAAUAUGUCGAACAGACAUAGAUUUUGGAAACCAGGAUUCGAAACGGGUGAUCAAAGUACUGAUCGACCUGAAGAAGGUGAAACAGAAAGGACUAAUUUUGUUUAUAAUCCACAUUCGUCGUUAUCAAUUCAGAAGCAAAGACAAAGAUUGCCUAUAUUUAAAAAUAGAAACCAUAUUUUACAUCUUUUGGAAAAUUAUCAGACUUUGAUAAUAGUAGGAGAAACAGGAUGUGGUAAAAGCACUCAAAUACCUCAGUAUUUAUUAGAAGCUGGAUGGUGUUCAAGUGACAUGGUAAUUGGAAUUACUGAACCAAGAAGAGUUGCUGCAAUAACACUUGCUACUAGAGUUUCUGAAGAAUAUGGAGGUAUUUUAGGUCAAGAAGUUGGAUAUAGUGUUAGAUUUAAUGAUAACUACAAUCCAAAAGAAACAAAAAUAAAGUUCAUGACUGAAGGAAUUCUUGUAAGAGAAAUGAUGGGAGAUCCUCUUCUCAGAUCAUAUUCUGUUUUAAUGUUAGAUGAAAUUCAUGAACGCACCAUGUAUAGUGACAUUAUUCUUGGAUUGUUAAAGAAAAUAUUAAAAAAACGAUCGGAUUUAUGUCUGAUAAUAUCUUCAGCAACAUUGGAAGCAGAAAUGUUACAAGAAUUUUUUAACUUUAAAAAUAAUACAAUUAAUGGGAUUGAAGAUACCUCUGUCAUAUUAUCAAUAGAGGGUCGUGAAUUUCCUGUUGAUGUUUAUUAUCUUAAGGAACCUACACCAGAUUAUGUGAAAGCAUCUGUUGAUACAGCAAUGAAAAUUCAUUAUUCAGAAGAAAAAGGUGAUAUCUUAAUAUUUUUAACAGGACAAGAAGAAGUAGAAAGUGCAGUUACUUUAUUAAUUGAACAUGCUAAAGAAAUCAAACAAAAACAAAAUCAUAAUAAAAUAUUUGUUUUACCUAUGUAUGGAGCUCUUCCUGCUUCAGAUCAGAUGAAAGUUUUUCAGUCUACUCCAAAUAAUGUUAGAAAGAUAGUGGUUGCUACAAAUAUUGCAGAAGCAUCACUUACAAUAAAUGGAAUUGUAUUUGUAAUAGAUUGUGGAUUUGUAAAAUUACGCUGCUACAAUCCUUAUACUAAUACAGAUUCACUUAUUGUUGUACCUGUAUCACAAGCUUCAGCUGAACAGAGGGCAUUAUUGUUNUUUCAUAAACUUGAAAAAAAUACAAGACCCGAAAUUCAACGUACAAGUUUGACAUCAAUUCUUCUUCAAUUAAAAGCUUUGGGCAUUGAUAACAUUUUAAGAUUCAAUUUUCCUGCUCCACCAGCAUCUAAAAAUGUAAUAAAUGCAUUAGAAUUGUUAUAUGCACUUGGAGCUCUAGAUGAUGAUGGGAAGUUAACAAAUCCUUUAGGUGUGAGAAUGGCAGAAUUUCCAUUACAUCCAAUGUUUGCCAAAAUGCUUUUAGUAUCAGCUGAAUUUGGUUGCUCUGAAGAAGCAGCUACCAUAGUAGCUUUGUUACAAGUACAAAAUAUAUUUCUUUCACCUCCUAGACAGACAAUGCAAGCUGUUAGUACUUUAUUCAAAAAUUUCAUUAAUCGAGAAAGUGCUAAACGAGGUCUUACUAUACUUUUAAAAAAUAUAAAAGUCAAAGUAACCUAUAACCGAUGUGUAUCCAAUUGUUCAUUAAUGAACAAUUGGAUACGCAUUGGUUAUAAGUUCUGUGAUGUUGAUACUAUCUGCCGUUGCAUUGUUGCUGGCUUUUUUGCUAAUGCAGCUUAUUUGCAUCAUUCUGGAGAUUAUAAAACAAUCAGAGGAGAACAUACCCUUCAUAUUCAUCCAUCUUCAGUGGUGUAUAGCCAAAAACAACCACAAUGGUAAAUAAUCA